UCAUUUGACAAUUACUCAUCUUUUUCUGUUUUUCUUGUUCUUAUUGGUGUUUUCGUGAGAGAGCAAAAAAGUGAAGUCACACAUUUUUUGUUCAACAAAUACGCCGCGUGAAAAGGACCGCUGUUGCAAAUUUAAUUAAUUAUAAAUAAAUUAAAACAAUAUUAAAAUAUAUAAUUUUUAAAAAUGCAACCCCAAAUUGUGUUACUUAAAGAGGGUACCGAUACCUCCCAAGGCAAACCUCAGUUGAUUUCCAACAUCAAUGCCUGCCAAUCGAUUGUGGAUGCUGUGCGUACCACUCUGGGUCCUCGUGGUAUGGACAAAUUGAUUGUUGACUCUCAGGGUAAGGCAACUAUCUCUAAUGAUGGUGCCACUAUCAUGAAACUUUUGGAAAUUGUUCACCCUGCCGCCAAGACUUUGGUUGAUAUUGCCAAGUCUCAAGAUGCUGAGGUUGGUGAUGGUACCACCUCUGUAGUCUUGUUGGCUGGUGAGAUUCUCAAACAAGUUAAACCAUUUGUUGAAGAAGGUGUACACCCCCGCAUCAUCAUUAAGGCCAUCCGCAAAUCUUUGCAAUUAUGCAUGGACAAAAUCAACGAAAUGGCUGUACACAUUGAGAAACAAUCCAAGGAUGAACAAAAAGCCUUAUUGACCAAAUGUGCUGCCACUGCCAUGUCCUCCAAAUUGAUCCAUCAACAAAAAGACUUCUUCUCCAAGAUGGUGGUAGAUGCUGUGCUUUCAUUGGAUGAAUUGUUGCCUUUGAACAUGAUUGGUAUUAAGAAAGUCACUGGUGGUUCUUUGGAAGAGUCAGAAUUGAUCUCUGGUGUUGCCUUUAAGAAGACUUUCUCAUAUGCCGGUUUCGAAAUGGCACCCAAAAACUACAAGGACUGCAAAAUUGCUUUGCUCAACAUUGAAUUGGAAUUGAAGGCUGAACGUGACAAUGCUGAAGUCCGUGUUGACAAUGUCAAGGAAUACCAAAAGAUUGUCGAUGCCGAAUGGCAAAUUCUUUACAACAAAUUGGCCAAGAUCCAUGAAUCUGGUGCCAAUGUUGUGUUAUCCAAAUUGCCCAUUGGCGAUGUAGCCACCCAGUAUUUUGCUGACCGCGACAUGUUCUGUGCCGGUCGUGUUCCCGAUGAGGAUCUUAAGCGUACCAUGAAAGCUUGCGGCGGUGCUGUUAUGACCACUGCUAAUGAUAUUAACCCUAAUGUUUUGGGUAAAUGUGAUUACUUUGAAGAACGUCAAGUUGGUGGUGAACGUUUCAAUGUUUUCCAAGGCUGCCCCAAUGCCAGAACUUGUACCUUGAUCUUGCGUGGUGGUGCUGAACAAUUUUUGGAAGAAACUGAACGUUCCUUACACGAUGCUAUUAUGAUUGUGCGUCGUACAAUUAAACACGAUUCCGUUGUAGCUGGUGGUGGUGCCAUCGAAAUGGAAUUAUCUAAAAUCUUAAGAGAUUAUUCACGUACAAUUGCCGGCAAAGAACAAUUAUUGAUUGCUGCUAUUGCUAAAGGUUUGGAAGUCAUACCCCGUCAACUUUGCGAUAAUGCCGGUUUUGAUGCCACCAACAUUUUAAAUAAACUCAGACAGAAACAUGCUCAAGGUGGUCAAUGGUAUGGUGUUGACAUCACUAAAGAAGAUAUCGCCGACAAUUUCGUUGAAUGCGUCUGGGAACCCUCAAUCAUUAAAAUUAAUGCCUUAACUGCUGCUGCUGAAGCUGCCUGCAUGAUUCUGUCUGUUGAUGAGACCAUCAAGAGUCCUAAAGCCGGUGAGGCUCCAAUGGCUGGUGCUCCCAUGGGCCGUGGUAUGGGUAGACCCAUGUAAAACUCCAAAUCUAUAAAUUUGUCAUUCUAUUUAACAUUUUUUAAAAACUUAAUGUUCAUUUUUAUUAAUUUUCGUUAAUUUUAUGUUUAAUUUUUUUUUCUUUAAAGAAAACAUACUAAAAUAUUAUCAUUUGAAAUUGUAUUCUAAAGCACUAUCAUCAAACGCAUUUAUUCAUUACUAAA